AUGGAAGCUCGGGCUCUUAUUCCCCGCAAAAAGUCGAAGAAUAUGAAAAUUGAACAAACUGAAGAUAUUGAAGAAGAAUCUAGCUCAACACUCGGCCAAUCAAAAAGGACAAAACAAGAAAUUAUAAUUCCUGCUACUCCUCCAACAACAAACAUCAUCUCAAAUGUUGACGAGGUCCUGAAAUCCAACCAUCCUCCAACAAAAUCACCACCACCACAACCAGCAAUUGAAGAUCUAAUUGGGAAGCCAGUUGGCAAGCAAUUAGAAAAGUGGUCAAAAGUCAAGGAUCUGUUGGUUACCUUAUCACGUGAAGGUUCCUACGUUCUAGAAUCACAGAAUGAUAAAUUAGUAGAAGCCGUCAGAACAAAGGAGUACGAUGAGUGUUUCCGUGGUGUUGGAGAUGGCAUUGGCCUGAGAGUGUAUUUUGGUACAUCCAGAAAAACCACUAGACAUGCGUAA